AUUAAUAUUUUAUGCACGGCGAAGUGUUUUAGAACAACAGACUUCGCGGAUUGAAAGGAAUAAAGUUGACAGCGUUAAAAAGAACAAGAUUUCGACUUGGAACAUGUGUCUCCUGAUUUAUUUCCUGUGGUCGGUAAUUCUACUAGGCCAUGGCGGACAGUGUAAUUUAACAUGGGAUUUAUAUGGCAUGUUGUCUGCGAAGUUAGACACAAUAAUAUUAGACCAGAAUAUAAUGAAAAAAGAGAUAAAGGAUCUCGUGACAUCGAUGACCGCAACGCAUCAGCAGGUGAACUCCUUGGAAAAGAGGCUCACUGAGGUGGCUAGUUUAAGUCAGCAGAUGGUCGCUUUCCAGGAGAGACUCGAUAAUAUGGACAGUCACGUGGCAGAAGUCGCCGCAGCGGAGAUAGGGCGACGCACGCACCUGUUGAGACGCGGACUGGAGCAGGAGAAGGUUGCAGCACAGUCGCGAUUUGAGAAGACAAUGAACAACACAAGCGAUCUCUUAGCACGUGUAGAAAUACUUGAUAAUAAGCACGACGUUUUGGCGAAUACUGUACUUAUAGAGUUCAACGAAACGGUAAUGCAGAUAUCAAAGCUUGAAAAAGACAUGGUGUUAACGUUGUAUAACGCCAGUAGCCUCUUUGAAAUGGUCGAUUCCUUGAAAGAGACGCAGUCUGAUAUUAUAUCCGAGAUGCAACAGACCUCUGAGAAAACACAGGCUCAGAUAGCGACUGUGAAACAGGAAGUUGUGACCACACAGCGAAACACUCAAACACUGCAGUCCAGGGAUGAUACUUUCGAGAGGACGCUGUCGGAUCUUAAGUCGAAGACAAGCACCAUCGCAGCACAAGUGGAUACUACACGAGGGCAGAUAUCCAGACUUCAACACCUAACCGGAACUUUUGUCGGUUUCUCGGUCCGACUUGUUACACAGAACUCAUAUUAUAACAAACAUACUGUUAUCAAAUUCGACGAUGUGUUCUACAACGAAGGAGGCCACUACAGCCCCAGUACCGGUAUCUUCACUGUACCUGUGAGUGGAGUCUAUGUCUUCAUGUUUAACGUUCAAAGGGUGUAUGAUUCAAGCGACACGAGUCGAACAGCACAUGUUUUAUUGUACGUGAAUGGGUAUCUUAAAGCGGAAGCUGUUGUAGCGGGCUUUGGACCAAAUUUGACUGGAGGGAAUGCUGCCGUGGUGGAAGUCUGGGCAGGGGACAGAGUCUAUGUAUCCACCGCUAGUCAUAACGAGCGGUAUUACAUUUUGCCGUACAGAACCUCGUUCAGUGGCGCUCUUCUACACGUGCUUUAA